CCCCUCUGGGCUGCGUUACCUGCUUCGUGGACCCACCUGUCCAACCUGCCCCGCGUUAAGACACGCCCCCCCUGCAGCUGCCCCACCACUCCCUGACACAAGCCCCGCCUCCUGGAGCAGAAACAGCCGAGCAGGAAAACACUGCACGUCUUGUACAAACACGGCAGCUCUCCAGCUCUCAGAGACGGAGGGCAGCGGGGCAGACGAGCUGGAGACGGCAACACACACUUCCUCAGCCGCCGUGUUUCCUGGAGCCUGAGGAUCCGAGGAAGAGGAGGAAGAGGAGGAGGAAGAGGAGGAGGAGGAGGGUGUCGCCUUACAUCCCGACCUGCAGCCCCGUGUGAGACACACUGAAUGGACAGAACAUGGGGUCAGAUGAGGCCUACAACUUUGUCUUCAAGGUGGUUCUGAUCGGGGAGUCCGGCGUGGGGAAGAGCAACCUGCUGUCCCGCUUCACCAAGAACGAGUUCAACCACGACAGCCGCACCACCAUCGGGGUGGAGUUCAGCACGCGCACCACGCAGCUCAGCGGCUUCACCAUCAAGGCCCAGAUCUGGGACACGGCCGGGCUGGAGCGGUACCGGGCCAUCACUUCUGCGUACUACAGAGGCGCGGUGGGAGCCCUGCUGGUCUAUGACAUCACCAAGCACCUCACCUACGAGAGCGUGGAGCGCUGGCUGAAGGAGCUGUACGACCACGCCGACCCCCACAUCGUGGUCAUGCUGGUGGGCAACAAGACGGACCUGGAGUCAGAAAGGUCCGUGCCCACCGAGGAGGCCAAAGACUUCGCAGAGAAGAACGGUCUUCUGUUUCUUGAGACGUCGGCUUUGGAGUCCACGAACGUGGAGGCAGCGUUCAACAACGUCCUCGCAGAGAUUCACAGGAAGGCCAACAGGAAGGAAGUGGUCCGGAGCUCCGUCAGCGCCAUGUCCUUGAGCAGCUCAAGCGAAGAAAACCCAGAGGGGGGGGGGAAAUCCUGCUGCAGGAACAUCUGACCACGGGGUCCUCCAGGAUGUGCCAUAUAAUAUAAACGUUGUUUUUCUUUUUUAUAAUAUUAACGGGUUUUUUGUUUUUAAAGUGAAGUCAUGCUCAAAAGAUGAUUAACUAAUGUGAAUGAAUGUAGCCGGAGUCCAACGUCAUUCUUUUUAAGAGCGCCUGCUGACGAUUGAACAUAAAGGUCAAAGGUUACACUGAACCCGCGACGCCUGUAAAAUGACAUAUUUAUAAUCCACGCACAGAAUCGGAGCACCGUGGGCCUGUGUGUGUGUAGAUGACACGUGACUGAUUGACAGUGUGUUGGUAGAGGUGCUGUGUGCAGACUGAUUGCAAUUCUAUCGAAAAAUAAAUGAUUUAUGAAAGGCUGA